CUGAGAUUAAUAUCAAACCCUCUUGCACUAUGUUCAUCACUAUGAACCCUGGCUAUGCUGGGAGGUCCGAACUCCCUGAUAAUCUUAAGGUACUGUUCAGAACAGUGGCUAUGAUGGUGCCCGACUAUGCCAUGAUUGGAGAGAUCGUCCUCUACUCAAUGGGCUUCGUUGACGCCAGGAGUCUCGCAGGGAAGAUCGUCGCCACCUAUACCCUGUGCUCAGAACAAUUAUCAUCCCAGCACCAUUAUGAUUACGGAAUGAGGGCGGUAAAGUCUGUGUUGACGGCAGCGGGAAAUCUAAAGUUAAAGAACAUGGAAGAAGAUGAGGCUGUUCUCUUACUAAAGGCCAUCAAUGACGUCAACUUGCCAAAGUUUCUCGCCCAGGAUGUACCAUUAUUUGGAGGCAUUAUAUCUGACUUGUUCCCCGGUGUUGAACUCCCCAAGCCUGACUAUGGUGUCUUCUUAGAAGCCCUCAAGGACAAUCUGAAGAAACGCAAACUGCAAGAUGUUCCCUGGUUCAUUGAGAAGAUUAUACAGGUUUAUGAGAUGAUAUUGGUGCGUCAUGGUCUGAUGAUAGUAGGUGACCCCCUAGGGGGUAAGACCCAAGGGUACCAGGCACUAGCUGGGGCCCUGGGUGAUCUACAUGCUGGGGGUCUGAUGGAAGAGUACAGGGUGCAGUACAGGAUCAUUAACCCCAAGGCUAUUACUAUGGGCCAGCUGUAUGGGUGCUUUGAUCCUGUCUCCCAUGAAUGGUCCGAUGGUGUACUGGCUAACACAUUCAGAGAGUAUGCCACUAAUCCCAACGAUGACCGUAAGUGGAUCAUGUUUGAUGGACCUGUUGAUGCCGUCUGGAUUGAAAACAUGAACACUGUACUGGAUGAUAAUAAGAAGCUAUGUCUCAUGAGUGGUGAGAUCAUCCAGAUGUCCAACAAGAUGAACCUUAUCUUUGAGCCUGCUGAUCUGGAGCAGGCCUCCCCUGCAACAGUCUCAAGGUGUGGUAUGAUUUACCUAGAGCCACAUCAGCUGGGCUGGAAACCCUUCAAGGACUCCUACAUGCAACACAACCUACCAAAUACCCUUGCUGAAGAACAUCGUGAGAUGGUCGAUGAUCUGUUCAAUUGGCUCAUAGACCCAUCACUCUAUUUCCUGAGUCAUAACUGUAAGACACUGAUCCAGACCUCCGACAUGCACCUGGUCAUGUCCCUGAUGAGGCUCUAUACGUGCCUCAUGGAUGAGAUUGUCAAUUCUGGCAAGGACGAGCAUGAAACAUUGAGCAGUCAGCAGAUCACCCUUUGGCUCCAAGGACUCUUCCUCUUCUCACUGGUCUGGACCGUAGGAGGCACUAUAGAUGGCCCUAGUAGGCUCAAGUUCGAUACAUUUUUCCGUCACCUAAUAAGCGGCACAGAUGAUGAUAAUCCUAAGCCAAAAAGUGUCAAACUAACUAAGAGCAACUCAUUCCCAGAGAGAGGCACAGUGUACGAUUACUGCUUUGAGAAGAAGUCUAGUGGCCAGUGGAUUGACUGGAUGGACACUCUCAACAGGGACACUCUGGGUAUCCCUAAAGAUGCAAAUGUUAGUGAUUUAAUCAUUCAGACCAACGAGACAGCAAGACAGGUGUUUUUCCUGCAGACUUAUCUUUUCCAUGAGGUCCCUCUCCUGUUUGUUGGACCUACAGGCACUGGCAAAUCAGCUAUCACCAAUAGCUUCAUCGUGAAACUACCCAAAGAACAGUACAUUCCAAACUGCAUGAAUUUCUCCGCAAGAACAUCAGCCAAUCAAACACAGGACAUCAUCAUGUCGAAGUUGGACAGGCGUCGUAAAGGCGUAUUUGGACCACCUAUGGGCAAAAAAUGUGUGUUGUUUGUGGAUGACUUGAACAUGCCCGCCAAAGAGAUUUAUGGUGCUCAGCCACCUAUUGAGCUAUUGAGACAAUGGGUCGACCAUGGCCACUGGUAUGACAGGAAAGAUACAUCCAAAGUUUUCCUAACAGACGUGCUUCUGGUUGCCGCUAUGGGGCCACCUGGUGGAGGUCGCAAUGACAUCACAGGUCGCUUCACACGUCACAUGAACAUAGUCUCCAUUGACGAGUUUGAUGACAACACUUUGAACAAAAUCUUCUCCAAUAUAACAGAUUGGCACUUCAGCAAAGGAUUUGAUGGGGCAUUCUCAAGACUUGGAAAGAUGAUGGUGCAAGCAACAAUGAAUGUUUACAAAGAAACUAUAUCAAAGUUCCUGCCCACACCAACUAAGAGUCACUAUGUAUUCAACCUUCGUGACUUCGCCCGUGUGGUCCGGGGUGUUCUCCUCAUGCCUGCGUCUCAUCUCACAGAGGGUGACAAGCUGAUACGCCUCUGGAUACAUGAGAUUUACAGAGUAUUUUACGAUCGUUUAGUCGAUGACGCUGAUCGAUUAUUAUUCUUUGAUGUUGUGAAAGAACAAACACAGGCCAGUUUUAAAGUGAGCCUCGAUAAAACUUUAGCUCAUCUUUCUAUGAGUGGACAUCUGAAGGAUGACGAUAUUCGUAGUUUGAUAUUUGGAGACUAUAUGAGUCCUGAAUCAGACAAGAAGAUUUAUGAUGAAGUCACAGACCUGAAAGAGUUAACCAAAGUGAUGGAACACUAUAUGGAUGAGUACAACAUGUUGAGUCGGUCCCCCAUGUCUUUGGUCAUGUUCAAGUUUGCCAUUGAGCAUGUCUCUAGAGUAAGCAGAGUUCUAAAACAGGACAAUGGCCAUGCACUUAUGAUAGGUAUUGGAGGCAGCGGCCGACAGAGUGCUACAAAGCUAGCAGCAUUCAUGGCAGAAUACGACCUGUUCCAGAUAGAGAUCACGCGUGGUUAUGGCCCGAAUGAAUGGAGGGAGGAUCUUAAAAAGUUGCUUGUAAAAGCCGGAGCUGAAGGCAAGAGAACCGUAUUUCUGUUCAACGAUACACAAAUUAAAGACGAGUCAUUCAUGGAAGACCUGAGUAUGAUUCUUAACACAGGAGAUGUGCCCAAUCUUUACCCAGCUGAUGAAAGGGCGGAGAUUAUUGAGAAAAUGCAAACAGUUGCAAGAAAUGAGAACCGUAAAAUGGAUGCUACACCCCUGGCCAUGUAUAACUUUUUCAUUGAACGUGUGAAGCAGAACCUCCACAUUGUACUGGCUAUGUCCCCCAUUGGUGACGCAUUCAGGAACAGAUUACGUCAGUUCCCGUCACUCAUUAACUGCUGUACUAUUGAUUGGUUCCAGGUGUGGCCAGAAGAUGCCCUUGAAAUGGUCGCCAACAAGUUCCUUGAAGAUGUUGACUUGGAUGAUAAUGUCAGGAAAGAGAGUGUCAUUAUGUGUAAACAUUUCCACGAGAGUGUCAGAGAUCAGUCUGAGAAAUAUUACACAAUUUUACGUCGUCACAACUAUGUCACUCCAACCUCCUACCUAGAACUGAUCCUUACAUUCAAGAAACUGCUCAACCAAAAGCGUGACAACAUCAUGCAGCUGAAGAACCGUUACAUAGGAGGUUUGGAAAAGCUGGACUUUGCGGCCUCACAGGUGUCUGUGAUGCAACAGGAGCUGACCGACCUCCAACCAGAGUUAAUCAAAACAUCAGCUGAGACCGAGACUCUUAUGAUUAAAAUAGAACAGGACACUGUGGAAGUGGAGGCAAAGAAGGAGGUGGUAGCUGCAGAUGAAGCUGUAGCUAAUGAAGCUGCAGCCGCAGCACAGGCCAUCAAGGAUGAGUGCGAGAGUGACUUAGCUGAGGCUAUACCAGCUCUAGAGUCUGCCAUCUCAGCACUCAAUACACUGAAGCCUUCCGACAUCAGUAUGGUCAAAGCAAUGAAGAAUCCACCUGCCCCAGUCAAACUUGUUAUGGAGUCAAUUUGCGUCAUGUUGGGAAGCAAACCAGAGCGUAAGCCUGACCCCGGGGGCUCGGGGAAAAUGAUUGAAGAUUUCUGGGGGCCUUCUCAGAAAUUACUAGGAGACCUGAAGUUCCUUGACAGACUGAAGGCGUAUGAUAAAGAUAACAUCCCUGCUCCAGUCAUUAAGAAAAUCAGAGAAAAGUAUGUCAGCAAUCCUGAGUUUGACCCGAAUCUGAUCAAGAAUGCGUCUACUGCCUGUGAGGGAUUGUGUCGUUGGGUGAAAGCUAUGGACGUGUAUGACAGGGUGGCCAAGGUUGUUGCCCCAAAGACAAUCAAACUGAAGGGGGCAGAGACGGAGCUGUCAAUACAGAUGGAGAAGCUGAAUGUGAAGAGGAACCAACUACAGGAGGUUGCCGAUAAACUGCAAGCGCUGAAUGACCAAUUUGAAGCCAUGCAGCAGAAGAAGAAAGACCUAGAAGAUAAUAUUGAACUAUGUUCCCAGAAGUUAAUCCGUGCUGAGAAACUCAUUGGAGGUCUUGGUGGUGAGAAGGACAGAUGGACAGAGAUGGCGAAAACCCUUGGGGAGACGUACAUAAACAUUACCGGUGAUGUGCUUAUGAGCGCUGGCGUUGUGGCGUAUCUUGGUGCAUUCACGGUUGACUUCAGACAAGAGUGUGUCAGUGAUUGGUACCGCUUGUGCAAGGAGAAGCAUAUCCCAUGUAGUGACGUGUUUUCUCUCAGUGCCACACUUGGGGACCCUGUCAAAAUCAGGGCCUGGCAGAUUGCUGGGUUGCCUGUUGAUAACUUUAGUAUUGACAAUGGUAUUGUGGUUUCCAACUCUAGGAGAUGGCCCCUCAUGAUAGAUCCACAAGGGCAAGCCAACAAAUGGGUCAAGAACAUGGAGAAAAACAACAAACUAGCAAUUAUUAAACUCUCUGACCCAUCAUACACCAGAACAUUAGAGAACUCUAUUCAGUUUGGAACCCCUGUACUCCUUGAGAAUGUAGGUGAGGAACUCGACCCUCUAUUGGAACCCGUUCUGCAGAAGCUUACCUUCAAGCAGCAGGGGGUAGAGUACAUGCGACUAGGGGACAAUCUCAUAGAGUACUCGCAUGACUUCAAAUUGUACAUCACUACACGCCUUAGGAACCCACAUUAUCUACCAGAAGUCUCAGUCAAGGUUUGUCUACUUAACUUCAUGAUCACCCCACAGGGUCUGGAGGACCAGCUCCUAGGCAUCGUAGCUGCUAAAGAGAAGCCUGAACUGGAAGAGAAAAAGAAUCAGCUUAUUCUGGAGUCUGCUGCUAAUAAGAAACAACUGAAGGAAAUCGAAGAUAAAAUAUUGGAGGUUUUAUCAAGCUCAGAGGGAAAUAUCCUUGAGGAUGAAACUGCGAUCAAAGUUCUGUCAUCUUCUAAGACACUGUCACAAGAAAUUGCAGCUAAGCAAGAAAUCGCAACAAAAACUGAGGUCCAGAUUGAUGAGACUCGUAAUGGCUACAAACCCGUUGCAGUACAUUCCUCCAUCUUGUUUUUCUGCAUCUCGGAUCUUGCUAAUAUCGAGCCUAUGUACCAGUACUCCCUUACCUGGUUCAUUAAUCUUUACUUGCAGUCUAUCACAAACAGUGAGCCAUCCGCAGACCUCGAGAACAGAAUCAACAUUCUGAAUGAUCACUUCACUAACAGCAUCUACCGUAAUGUCUGUAGAUCUCUCUUUGAGAAGGACAAGUUGUUAUUCUCCCUCGUGCUAUGUGUAGGCAUACUCAAGGGCAGAGGUAAAAUAGAUGAUGACGUGUGGAGGUUCCUACUUACUGGUGGUGUUGCCCUUGACAACCCACACGCUAACCCUGCCCCAACAUGGCUCACGGACAAGUCUUGGUCUGAAAUAGUCAGAGCCUCAAACCUUAAGAAUCUCAAAGAAUUUUAUGCUCAUGUACAGAAGAACAUAGAACAGUGGAAGCCUCUCUAUGACUCUGCCCAGCCCCACACUUUCCGCUAUCCAGCGCCCUUUGAUAUCCUUAGCGGCUUGGAUAAACUAGUCAUACUACGAUGCUUCCGCCCAGAUAAAAUAGUCCCUGCCCUUCAGGAGUUUAUCGCUGAUAGCCUCGGACAGCAAUUCGUAGAGCCACCGACCUUUGAUCUACCGGGAACUUUUGAGGAUUCGAAUUGCUGUUCCCCUUUGAUCUUCAUUCUCUCUCCCGGGGCUGAUCCGAUGAAUGCUUUGUUGAAGUUUGGCGAAGAUUCUGGCUAUACAGGCAACCGUAUACAGACCAUUUCUCUUGGCCAGGGACAGGGCCCCAUAGCUGCCAAGAUGAUUGACAAUGCCUUGAAGGAUGGUUCGUGGGUUGUGCUACAGAAUUGUCAUUUAGCCACGAGCUGGAUGCCGACCUUGGAGAAAAUAUGUGAAGAGGUUAUAGUACCAGAGGCGACACACAAAGAUUUCCGUGUCUGGCUAACCAGUUACCCAUCUGACCAAUUCCCAGUGUCCAUCUUACAAAAUGGCGUAAAGAUGACGAAUGAACCACCGAAAGGUCUACGUGCAAAUCUUGUCCGAUCCUACCUGAAUGAUCCCAUAUCUGAUCCUUCAUUCUUCAAUGGAUGUGAAAAGAAACAUCGCUGGCACAAGAUGCUGUUUGGCUUGUGUUUCUUCCACGCUCUUGUUCAAGAGAGACGUAAAUUUGGACCCCUUGGCUGGAACAUACCAUACGAGUUCAAUGAGUCUGACCUUAGAAUCAGUAUGAGGCAGAUGCAGAUGUUCCUAAAUGAGUAUGAAGAGCUCCCAUUGGAUGCCCUCACCUACCCAACUGGGGAAUGUAACUAUGGUGGAAGAGUCACUGAUGAUAAAGACAGGAGACUCCUUCUCUCUCUUCUAUCCAUAAGCUACACUAGAGACCUGGUAGAUGAUGAGAACUACAAAUUCUCCCCCAGUGGUAUAUACAAGGCCCCACCAGAAGGCCCCUACCAGAGCUACAUAGACUACAUCCGGACCAUGCCUCUCAACCCCGACCCCGAGGUCUUUGGUCUCCAUAGCAACGCUGACAUCACAAAAGACAACCAAGAAACCCAGCAAUUAUUUGACAGUGUCUUACUCACACUUCCCCGUCAAUCAGGCGGAGGUGGAAAAUCAUCUGGCGAUAUUAUUGGAGCUUUAGCGGCGGACAUUUUGAGUAAACUUCCGCCCAAUUUCAACCUGGAGUUCGUAAUAAAAAAAUACCCAGUAGUGUAUGAGGAGUCGAUGAACACCGUUCUGAGGCAAGAACUCAUCAGAUAUAACCGGUUACUCUCAAUUGUGCGCGCCACAUUGGUGAAUCUACAGAAAGCCAUUAAGGGGUUGGUCGUGAUGUCUUCAGAAUUGGAGGAAGUGUUUGACAGUAUGCUGGUCGGGAGAGUGCCUGCUUCAUGGGCCUCUAAGUCGUAUCCCUCUCUGAAACCUCUCGGUGGAUACAUCGCAGACUUCAUCCUUAGACUAGAAUUCUUCCAAGAUUGGAUUGAUCAUAGCCAUCCAAAUCAGUUCUGGGUCUCUGGUCUCUACUUUACUCAGUCUUUCUUCACUGGUGUAUCUCAGAACUUUGCUAGGAAGUACAUGAUUCCCAUUGACAAGCUAAGUUUCCAGUUUGAGCUGAUGGACCAAGAGAAAGAAAUGGGAGAAAAGCCUGAAGAUGGGGCCUAUGUAUAUGGACUGUUUAUAGAGGGCGCUAGGUGGGACAGAGAAGCUAGGAAAUUAACUGAGUCAAAACCAAAGAUUCUGUUCGACACACUGCCAUGUAUUUGGCUGCGUCCAGGAGAAUCAAGUAAAUUUGUGAAAACACCAUCAUAUAGAUGUCCCGUAUACAAGACAAGUGCUAGGAGAGGUACACUAUCAACCACAGGACACUCAACAAACUUUGUAUUGUGGAUAGAGAUUCCCUCUGAUCUCCCCCAGAAAUACUGGAUCAACAGGGGCGUGGCUUCUCUGUGUGCGCUGGAUGACUAGAUAGGGGAGGGGGGUUGAAAGACGAGGGUUAAGCAUACUAUUUUUAUGUCUGAUUUUGACAUUUGAAAUAUAAGGACUUUUACUGAAAACAUGCAAGGUUCUAAAGGCUGUGGAUUGCAUACAUGUAUAUCCGUCCAAUUCAGACUAUUCUGAUAUAGAGGUUUAGGUUUGUGCAUAAUUUUUAGCUUACUUACAUUAUUGGCAGUUGAUUCUAUUCAGGGAGUUUUGAAGGAAUGUUUUUUAAAAAAUAUCCGUCCAAUGGAAAGUGAGAGAACUUAAAAUGACUAUGGCUAUGAGGAUUUAUUUUCAUUUUCAUAUCAAAUUCAUUCAAACAUUUACAAACAUGAAACCUGUAAAGUGGAACACCCCUAGUAGUGUAACACCUCUGUUAAAUGAACAAUUUUCAGAGUCCCAAG